AUGGAGGGUGACGGCAAGGAGGCCGCAGGCAAGCGCCUUGACUGGGCCACCAUGAACCUCGAGGGCGGCCGCGCCGUCGCCGGCGAGAAGGGUGACGGCAAUGCGACCAGGAAGCCGCCGAUGGGCAUCGUCCGGCUCUUCCUCGCAUGCAUGGUCUCCGGCGGCAUCCAGUACGGCUGGGCGCUCCAGCUCUCCCUCCUCUCGCCAUACUCUCAGACUCUUGGGAUCUCGCACAGCUACGUCUCCCUGACAUGGAUCUGCGGGCCUAUCGCCGGAUUUGUGGUGCAACCCAUCGUCGGCUACUACAGCGACCGGUGCACGGCGAAGAUCGGCCGGCGGCGGCCAUUCAUCCUCGCCGGAUGCAUCAUCAUCUGCCUCUCUGUGCUGAUGAUCGGCUUCUCGGCGGACAUCGGGCGCCACCUCGGCGACACCAAGGAGAACUGCAGCACGUUCACCGGCUCCCGGUGGUCCGCCGCCGCCGUCUACAUCGUGGGCUUCUGGUUCCUCGACUUCGCCAACAACACCGUCCAGGGACCUGCUCGCGCGAUGAUGGCUGACCUUUCCGCCGGACAGCACGGCCCCAACGUUGGCCAGGCGAUCUUCUCCCUGUGGAUGGCUCUUGGCAGCGUCCUCGGCUACUUGUCCGGCGCCAACGCGAAAUGGCACGAGUGGCUCCCAUGGCUCAAGACCGCCGCGUGCUGCGACGCCUGCGCAAAUCUCAAGGGCGCCUUCUUGACUGCUGUGAUCCUCAUUAUCAUCAGCAUGUCGGUCACCUUGGCCCUCGCCGGCGAAGAGCAACUUGGCAAGGACGACGUCGAAGCCUCCUCCGGCGGCGCGUGCUCCGCGUUCGUCGACCUCUUCAAGUGCCUCAAGAAUCUUCCCCCUGCCAUGUUCAAGGUGCUCGCAGUCACGGCCGUCACCUGGCUCUCGUGGUUCCCCUUCUUCCAGUACAACACCGACUGGAUGGGCCGGGAGAUCUACCACGGCGAGCCGCAGGGCUUGGGCAGCAAGGCGGACGCCUUCAACGCCGGCGUCCGUGAGGGCGCCGUCGGCCUCCUCUUCUGCUCCAUCGCGCUCGGCGUCACCUCCUUCCUCAUCCCCAAGCUGUGCCGGAAGCUCACGUCCCGGGUCGUCUGGUCCAUCAGCAACCUCAUGGUGUUCGCCUUCAUGACCGUCAUGGUCGUCCUCGGCAUGAUCUCCAUGAAGGGCUACAAGCCCUCCCUCACCGCCGGCCUCAUCGGCCCCGACCCGACGUUCAGGGGCAUCGCGCUCGCCGUCUUCGCCCUCAUCGGCAUCCCGCAGGCGGUGCUGUUCAGUGUCCCAUGGGCCGUGGCGUCUGAGGUUGCCACCGAGGAGGGCGGAGGCCAAGGUCUCACCAUUGGCGUCCUCAACAUCGCCAUCGUCCUUCCACAGCUGGUGAUCGCGCUCACCGCCGGCCCGAUCGACGGCGUGUUCAACAAGGGCAACACCCCGGCCUUCGGCAUCGGCGCCGCCUUCGCCCUGAUCUGCGCGGUCCUGGCGAUGGUCCUGCUCCCCAAGACGAGAGGAACGUCCAACGCCACCGUCAUGGCCGGCGGGCACUGAUCUCUACCACACAGCGGCAGGGCCGAGAGUGGAUCAGAAACCCAGCGUCUGCAUCUUGGUUCCUGCCGCACCUGAUUCAUCAUAUAUAAUGAAAAAAAAAGGAAGUUAACACUGGUAAGCAGGAAAGGCAGGGUUAGUUUGUCUGGUAAUCCCCGGAGUGUUGUCAAUGUCGAGUACUCAAGUCUGUUCAAAUGUGAGGCUCUGCCGGGCCUCAUGUUUAUCCGCGUUGAACUCUGUAUUAGGUUUUCCCCUUGGACACUGCAGCAGUAGAGGGCGAGGUAGAAUUUUUCCAAAUGUUUUGCACAACUGGAAAUGUCCGUCUCAAGUUCUCUCUGAUGUAGCGGUUACAAAGCCUAUCAAUGAAACGCAUUCUGAAUAUUU